AUCAGCCCCACAGAACAUUUUCUUUGGGUAUCUCGACAUUCCCUUUCUAAUCUGCCAAACAAUUCAAAAAGCAUACGUGUGUGCGAUGGUGAACUGUUGUCACUUUUAUAAAUGGUUGCUAGGCAGACUGCAGUCACACAAAUGAAUUUUGUAUUAGCGAUAAAUGGGGUACUGCUAAGAACUUUUGGGGGAAAAUGUUUGAAUGUCUGUGCUAUGAAAUUUUCAGCCAGUGAGCACAUAAAAGUCGAUGACGCAAGGACGGCAGUCAGAUAUUCUGCAUUGCAUUGCCUGAGGAGGUAGGCAUGAUGGCAGCAUCAGAUAGUGACAGUGCAUGCAAAGGUUUCUUUGUAACUACUGACCUACCGAAAGAUGAGGUGGAACAACGAACAAGACGGCAAGAAUGGGAUAUAUUGGCAUCUGAGGGCGUAAAAUCUUCAGAGACUUUGUCCUUGUCGUCUUGUAAUCUUUGUCGACUUCCGCCGGAGAUUCUGGAGAUGAGAGACCUCACCAGACUGUACCUGACCUACAACGACUUGGACGAGCUGCCUGUCGACUUCAACCAGCUGAAAAACCUGAAAAUCCUGAACCUGGGCUUCAACUCUUUUCGGCAUAUUCCGCCUGUGAUUUUUGAGCUGAAAAAUCUGGCGGUACUGACCAUGAAGAACAACCAGGUCACACAAGACCAAAUAGGUAAAGACAUCAGCCAACUGACAACCCUCGAAGAAAUCUAUCUGGAUAACAACAAGCUGGAGGCAUUUCCAGAGAAACUCUGUGACCUUCCAAGGUUGAGAAUAUUGAAGCUUUCCAACAAUGCCAUUAGACAGAUUCCUGAAAGUAUAAGUAAAAUGAAGACGUUGCAAAGUCUCAACAUGCAAUCUAACCGACUGACGGCAAUUCCUAAAACUGUUGGAGAGCUGCAGUCUCUAGAAACGGCCUGUUUUGCCCAGAACAUGAUCCACACAUUCCCCUUCCAGGAGGUGAAGAAACUCAAGAGACUGCGUGACCUCUGCCUAUAUGCCAACAGACUCACUGACAGAGACGAUAUUGAGUGGUGCAUGCAGCUACUUGCCAAACAGGAAGGCAUGCUGCGUGCCGAGGAGAACCGAUGCUGCCUUCCCAGACUUGGAGGUGUGUGCGACGGCCCUUUUAAAGUGUGGAAACAUGACAUUCUCUGGAUCUGUGAUAACGAGGAAAAUGUUAAAUCCUGGGUGAAUAAGAUGGUCAAAAAGUUAGAAGCGGAGAACUUCUUUUCAGCAGUACAUAAGUGUAAACCAGGCAAGUCCACGCUGCCAACUCUGAUGAGGAGCAGCCGGAUAGUGUGCGUGGUGUGCACCAAGCAGAUGUUUGGGAGGUUGGAUGGUAGCAAAGACCCAGCAGAAGCCAUCAGGAGUUACCUGAGUCAGAGCCCAGAGCACACCAUCAUGACCCUGGCUUAUGAGGCCACCGGGAUCCAUACUCUCCUGAUGCCUGAUGACAGGCCAAACGUUCAGCUGCAGAGGAAACCAGAUGAUGAUGGGGACUCAAAGUUCUUCAGCAAAUUGUUGGAUCAUGUGAAGAAUGCCCCCAGAAUCCGCAAGCCGUAGGAAGGGCUGGGUCACACUCAAAACCAACGAUUCUACCCUACUACGAAAAACUACAACUAAAAGUGGAAUAUACAUGUACAUGUACGAAGGCCUAUUCACCCUGAGAGUUACUUACAAUCUUUUACACACUUUCACCUGAGAAGUGUGUACCUCUUACAUGUUUAAAACACGGUCAGCGAUUAUAAUAUGCCAUUCCUGUACUUGUGCAUACUUCCAUAAACUUUUGCUGUGAUAUGUGCACGUUUGCAUGACUCUUCAGAACUGAAGCUUAUGAACAAAAUUCCAUUACUCUCCCUGGUCAAAGGAACCCUGUUGACCCCUCUCCGAUUCUUAUACUCUGUUGCUCUCAACACUUUAAUUUACUCAGGAGGACUUGCAGGGUCGAUGAAGCUAGAGCCACAGGCUACAAAGAAAGUACUUUGCCUUUGAAAGAUUUCAGAACAUUCAAGUGAAAGUGCCAGGGGUGUUAAAUAAACAUUCCUAUUUGCAUCAAGUGAUCUUAAAAUUAUUUUUAAAGAUUUGGGAAAAAUGCACAAUGGUAUGGUCAGGAAAAUCAGACUACAAGAAAGUGGCAAAACACAAAAUCCUUUCAAAGCAGAUUCAUCAAAAGGUAUAUGUAUGGCGUCCAAAUAUGAUCCUUGUGCCCCUCUGAAAAGUUAGUGUACAAAAUUUAUGGCCUUUGUGGAAAAUGAAAAACAAGAAGAAAAAUUGGUACAAAAAUGAUGGCUUUACAACAGAGACUGCAGAAAAGUUUUGAAUAAGACAACAGUCAUUUUGUUAGGACAUAGGGGGUCGCAUUCCUGAAUUAUCUUUGAUUAAAUGUUGAAUAUUUUGUUCAAAACUUUGAUUGCCGUUGUAAGUGGAUUCCAAUGAAAUCAUGCAACUAUCUGUGAACACUUUACAAGAAUUCAACAUGGGAAUUGACAUUAGGAAAAAUUGGAUGUAUCCAGACAUUGAAAUGUGUGUUCAAAACUGACUGCUGUGUAGCUGUGUAGAUUGCAUUGUGUAAGAUGGUAUAGCUGUUUUUUUUAAUGCUGUACUGUUUGGAAGUUUUUUAAAUGAGUGAAAUGCAUAAAAAAAUUGUGCAGUAG